ACGUCACCUUGAGAGAAGUUUAAAAGGACCUUGGCUGCGCCUCGGUCUCAGAAAUCCACCAAUUUUUAGCACCAUUAUUAGUUUGGAAGAAGAGGACAUAGAUCACUGUAUUUAAUAUUAAGAAUGACACAAAGAUUUUCAGCUUCACCCUCUCCAAGGCCUGGAACACCAACACACCGUUCAGGUACACCUGGUACUACAGCUUUAGAAAUAGUAGUUGGUUGUAAAGUUUUUGUAGAGGUAAAAAAAGAAAAGAAAGAAGAAACCCGAGAGUUUCGUAAAGCGGAAAUUUUAUCCGUUCGUACGCAUAACGAUAAGCCAGAAUAUUAUGUACAUUUUGUUGAAUUCAAUAAGAGGUUGGAUGAAUGGGUUGGCCUUGAAAGAAUUGAUAUAACAAAAGAUAUUGAAAGACCCGCUAAGAAAAGGAAUGGAAAAGGAGGUAAUCAAUUUAGAGAUUCUGAUACAUCGUCUAGAGUUGGUUCACCACUUAGAGAAGUUACUGGUAGAGGUGGUGGUGGAGUAGGCACAACAGUUGGACAAAAAAGAAAAAUUUCAGCAAUAGAAGAUAUUCCGACUCCUAAUGCUAAAGCAACAACACCAUCAACACCUUUAGUUGAAGCUACAGGUGAAGACUAUGAAGAUGGGGGUACACCGGGUAAUGGAACACCUUUAGGACCUUUAGCGGCUACAUUUUCUAAAGAACAAGAAAUUGAAAGGCUUCGUACAUCGGGAUCAAUGACACAAUCACAUUCAGAAAUCUCUAGAGUAAAGAAUUUAGAAAGAAUUCAUUUCGGAGAAUAUGAUGUUGAUACAUGGUAUUUUUCACCUUAUCCACAAGAAUAUAGUGAUGCGGCAGUUGUUUAUAUAUGUGAAUUUUGUUUGUUUCAUUAUAUUAGUGAAAGACAAUUAAGAAGACAUUUACAAAAAUGUACAGUUAGACAUCCACCAGGGAAUGAAAUUUAUAGGUGUGAUGACAUUUCAUUUUUUGAAAUUGAUGGUAAUAAACAAAAAACUUAUUGUAGAAAUCUUUGUUUAUUAUCAAAACUAUUUCUUGAUCAUAAGACGCUUUAUUAUGACGUGGAUCCAUUUUUGUUUUAUAUUAUGUGUCAACAAGAUGAAUUUGGAUGUCAUAUGAUUGGUUAUUUUUCAAAGGAAAAGGAAAGUACUGAAGGAUAUAAUCUCGCUUGUAUUCUUACUUUACCACAACAUCAAAGAAAAGGAUUCGGUAGAUUAUUAAUAGCUUUUUCUUACGAACUUUCUAAAAAAGAAGGAAAAGUCGGAUCUCCUGAAAAACCUCUUUCUGAUCUUGGUUUGUUAUCUUAUAGAAGUUAUUGGACUGAAGUUAUUGUUGAAUUAUUACUGGAAACGAAAGAACUUAAUGAAGAUAUUACUAUUGAAGAUAUUUCUGCUAGAACUAGUAUUGCUACUACCGAUAUUCUUCAAACUCUUCAAUCAUUGUGUGCUAUUAAACCCUAUAAAGGUCAACAAAUUCUUUGCUUAAGUGAUGGUGUUAUUGCUUCUUAUCACAAAACAAAAGAAAAACAUAAGAAUAGAAGAAUUGAUGAAAGUUUUCUUAAAUGGACUCCUCCUCAUUUCACUUCUAAUCAAUUACGCUAUAUUUAAAUGGCGGAAAGAGUGCAAGAUAUGAAAGCUUGAAAUUCUCUUUACAGCUUUUCCGCUUAAUGUACUAUUUUAUUAGUUCCUCUUUCUUUGAAUCGU